UAUGUAUUUGAAACCACUAUCACCCAAUGGUACGCCCGUAACUGAGGAAAAAGCACGUCAACGACUAUUGAUCUACUAUAGCGAACUGUGCACGCUUGAGCCGAUAGGUACAACAAAAAAGUUAUUAGAGACGAAUGAAGCAGCUGAACGAGCGCGAAAGAGAGCGUGUGCAGGAUAUGAGGUGUAUCGAGGAAGUGUUAGAUACAACAUGGAACAAGAUAUGAUCGGAGACUUUCAGAACUUGUUUUCAUCACUACCCCGUUUACACAAACAGUGGGCUGUUGAGGAACAGCACCAAAACCAACGUUUACUUCUUACACGAUCUAUCUAUUCCGAGAUCAGUGAAACUCCGUUAAUGCAGCGCAUACACUUAGUACCCAGUACAGAACGUGAAUUUGUAAUAAAGAGUACAUGCUAUGAUGCGAAGCAAAGCUUUGUGGAGUCGGUUACAUAUGUUGAGGCAAUACUCGAUGACACAAAUACAUAUAGCGGUAUAUUGCAACGUGUUCAUCAUGUUGAAGACACAACAGAUAUACUGGUACCCUGCACUGAACCAGUCCAAACUUCUAAAUCAGUUUGCGCUAUAUUACGGGAGAGAGGUAAUUACCUAAUGGAAAGUGUGACUGAAUUCACUGUUUAUGUUCCGCCUGAUGCCAGAACUCUGUUCUCACAAAUAAAUUGUAAUGCACUUCCCGCCGACUGUAUAUUUGCGGGUCCUGGUUCGGCACAUGCUGCGGUGCUCUCAUCUAUCAUCCGCAUGCGUGCAAAUGGUAGUAUAAACAAGUUUGGUACGGAUAAGGGAUUGCUAGUUGACAGUAAGCAAAAACAGGAACUAGCGAUAGCACAGUUUUCAACUCAGAAAGAUAAAGCCAGUAUAGUACGUGAUGCUGUAUUCAUGAUACAUGUCGACGAGGUCAAUAUCAGACCUACGAAUCAGUUUGCACAUAAGACUGGCUUCUACGGACCAGCUCAUAAUGACCCGGAGGUGCUCGCCAACCAUGUGCAAACCUUUUUAUUGAAACCGGUCAGCGGACGAAAGCUUUCCAUGAAUUUAAUGUCUAAACGUGUAUCUAAGAUGACAGACGAACCAUUAAAUGGAUACAUGUCGACGGCGAUUGCCAAAGCCCCAGAAGCCGGCGCUAUUGUGUGUCCAAUUAUUUUUGAUGGAAGCGCCGUAAAUAGGAAGGCUUGCAGGAUGCUACUUCUUUGCGAUACAAGUCCAGAACCACCUGGUCACCGAUUGGCUUUACCUCAACAGUCACUACCAAGCAGUGUUGAUGUCAAUGGCCAUAAAUUGUUCCCAUUACACUGA